CCUCUUUUCACUCGUCUGUCACCUUGUUGUCGCCCCAACCAUCUUCUUUUCCCCUUCUUCAUUCUUUCCCCUCAUCACAGUUACCAUGAACCGAUUCACCUCAUCAACCACAAUCCUUUCCCGAACCCCACCCUUUUCCUCCUCCACACCUGCGCUAUUUCCCACACGCUCCUACCGUCCACUUCAGUGCCCGACCUGUAAGGAGCUCUUGCUCAAUCCUAUUACCCUGCCCUGCGGCUUUACUGUCUGCCAAGGCUGUCUCCCACCUCUGGAAACCAUCGACUUCCAGCAGCAGAUCCGAUGUCCCUUCAAUGCCUGCGCACGCUCUUGUCUACACACACCGGACCAACUAGCCGUCGAUGUGACCCUUCAGAAUCUCUCAAUGAUCUUACGGACAGCGGCACUCCACUCCAAUUCCCUUGCCAACAUCCUUCAUGAAGACUCUGAGAACGAGCGGCCCCACCAUCAACCAGACAACCUCUUUUACGGCAGUACAGAGGCCGAUCCUACCUGGGAAGCCACUUUAGAAGGCCUUUUUGACCCAUAUAUGUCCAUUCCAACUGAGCCAGUUGUCAGCUCAAGUUCAGCUUCAUCCUCAGCCCUUUAUCGCAAUAUUCCUACCAUUGUUGACAAUCUACGUCUAAAAAUUCAGCAAGAAGUCGAAUGUCAAAUUUGCUUUCUGCUCUUUGAUCAUCCUAUCACGACUUAUUGUGGUCAUACUCUUUGUAAGAGCUGCCUUAUCACUUCUCUGGAUCACAAACCAGACUGCCCACUCUGUCGACGCAAGCUACCUUUGUAUAUGUUCUAUCACAAUCAACCACCCAACAAGGCACUUCUGCGCUUCAUUCAGUAUCUUUCCACUCGCCCAAGAAUAACUUUUGAGAGUGAAAAUCAUUCAUCUGUCGAGGAACGAGAGGUUGAUCCAACGCUGGCCGUGACCCCACUGUUUAUCAAUGCUCUCAUCUUCCCACGGAUACCCUGCUAUCUCUUGGUAUUUGAACCACGAUAUCGAAAACUGUUGAGGAAUGUACUCAAGACAGAAAGCAAACUAUUUGGAAUGGUGCUCCCGCCUCAACAACAAAAGUAUCAAGAUCUGGAAACCUUUGCUUGGGAACCCAGUAUGGAGUAUGGCACGUUAUUAAAAGUGCUCUCCUGCGAGCUCUUACCCGAUGGACGGGCACUUGUAGAGACCGUUGGGGUAUCUAGGUUCCAGAUCCUGACUUAUUCCAAGGUGGACGGAUAUUAUGCUGCCACGGCCGUCGAUAUAAUUGACGAUAUACCCGAAGAAUACGAACGAGGACUUGAGAAGAAGGUUCUGGAUGCUGCCGCCGCUACUGCGAAGGAGCGUGAGCAGCAAGCAGAAACAGGCAUAUCUAAAAGUAUAGCUGAGAGUGGUGAGGAGCAAGCCAGCCAUCUGCUCGGAAGAGCAAGUAAACGGAGACAAGACCAAGAGACUUCACAAUCGGGGACCACUCCGCUCCUUUCGCAUUCAAGUUUAUCACUAUCUCCAUCAUCAUCAUCAUCAUCAUCAUCAUCAUUGUCGUUAUCGGUAUCAGUGUCAGCACCGACGUCAUCUUCAGGUCUCUUAGAAGAUGUAGGUAGAUCUUCUUCUCGCCAACUGGGAUUUGAGGACCUCCAUCGGCAGAAACUUGAGAUGCUAUCACAAAAGCAACUACUGCAGAUCUUAGUAGCGUAUGUGGCCUAUAUGCAAGACCGACUGGGACCAUUGGCAACGCAGCGUCUCCAGCGCGAAUAUGGCGAGAUGAUUGAGGAUGAUGGGCAAUACUUGUCAUUCUGGGUAGCGUCCGUACUCCCAAUGCCCCCGUAUCAAAAGUACGAGCUGCUGCACGAGACCUCUGUUCGUAAACGUUUGCUGACUGUACUGAACUGGAUCAAAGACAUUGAGACGCGUCGCUCAAUGGCUGUGUGCACAAUUUCGUAGUCAAAAGAUAUUGACAUUGGGGCAUGGUUGAUGAGAACGUGGCUUACUUUUACUUUUAAACAUCUUUAAAUAAGUUGGAUAGAAUAAUAUGACUCUCCACUCUCUUUUCUUUCUCUCUCUUCGUACCUUUUUUUUUUUUUCUCAUAAACGUCCUAAUCAAAAAGAAAAUGUCGCGUGGCGCGUUCAUCCCUGCCAUCGCAGCAUCACUUGUCAUGCCUGGCAUGGUCUUUGCUGAUGCUUCGACAGGAUCGAUCGCCGCCUCGAUCCCGUACUUUGAAUGUAAAUGACUAGACAUGCACAUACACUUUUUUCCCCCUCCUUAAUUGUCACACACUUU